GCGCCCUGCGGUGCUGCAGCUGCGGGCGGCUCCAGCUGCCCCCAGAUGUGGGCUGGGCGGCGCGCGGGGAACUUUCGCGCCGGCUGCGAGUGCGGGGCCCCGGCUGCGGUCCGGCUGCCAUGGAUCCGCCGGCGGGAGCCGCUCGCCGCCUGCUCUGCCCUGCGGUGCUGCUGCUGCUGCUGCUGCUGCCGCCGCUCCUGCUGCCGCCGCCGCCCGCGGACGCCCGGCUCGCCGCCACCGCCGACCCCCCAGGCGGGCCCCUGGGGCACAGAGCGGAGCGCAUCCUGGCGGUGCCGGUGCGCACUGACGCCCAGGGCCGCUUGGUGUCCCACGUGGUGUCAGCGGCAACGGCCCAGGCAGGGGUACGGGCCCGCAGGGCCGCCCCCGUCCAGACCCCGGGCUUCCCUGGAGGCAGCGAGGAGGACCCUGGCGGCCGCCUGUUCUACAAUGUCACGGUCUUCGGCCGAGACCUGCACCUGCGGCUGCGGCCCAACGCCCGCCUUGUGGCGCCCGGGGCCACGGUGGAGUGGCAGGGCGAGUCUGGCGCCACGCGCGUGGAGCCCCUGCUCGGGACUUGCCUCUACGUCGGAGACGUGGCCGGCCUGGCUGAAACCUCCUCUGUGGCGCUCAGCAACUGCGAUGGGCUGGCUGGCCUGAUCCGUAUGGAGGAGGAGGAGUUCUUCAUUGAGCCCCUGGAGAAGGGGCUGGUGGCAAAGGAGGCUGAGCAGGGCCGCGUGCAUGUGGUGUACCGCCGGCCACCCACCCCCAGGUCCCCUCCUCUGGGGGGGCCACAGGCCCUGGACACAGGGGCCUCCUCGGACAGCCUGGACAGCCUCAGCCGUGCCCUGGGCGUCCUGGAGGAUCGGGUCAAUAGCUCCAGGCGCAGGGCACGCAGGCACGCUGCCGAUGACGACUACAACAUCGAGGUCCUGCUGGGCGUGGACGACUCUGUGGUCCAGUUCCACGGGAAGGAGCACGUGCAGAAGUACCUGCUCACGCUCAUGAACAUCGUGAACGAAAUCUAUCAUGACGACUCCCUGGGGGCCCACAUCAAUGUCGUGCUGGUGCGGAUAAUCCUGCUGAGCCACGGGAAGUCCAUGAGCCUCAUUGAGAUUGGGAACCCCUCUCAGAGCCUAGAGAAUGUCUGCCGCUGGGCCUACCUCCAGCAGAAGCCAGACACAGGCCACGAUGAGUACCACGAUCACGCCAUCUUCCUCACACGGCAGGACUUCGGGCCUUCGGGCAUGCAAGGCUAUGCUCCUGUCACUGGGAUGUGCCACCCCGUCCGCAGCUGUACCCUAAACCACGAGGAUGGCUUCUCCUCGGCCUUCGUGGUGGCCCACGAGACUGGCCAUGUGCUUGGCAUGGAGCAUGACGGGCAGGGCAACCGCUGUGGCGACGAGGUGCGGUUGGGAAGCAUCAUGGCGCCCCUGGUGCAGGCAGCCUUCCACCGCUUCCACUGGUCCCGCUGCAGCCAGCAGGAGCUGAGCCGCUACCUGCACUCCUAUGACUGCCUGCGAGACGACCCCUUUGCCCAUGACUGGCCGGUGCUGCCCCAGCUGCCCGGGCUGCACUACUCCAUGAACGAGCAGUGCCGCUUCGACUUUGGCCUGGGCUACAUGAUGUGCACUGCGUUCCGGACCUUCGACCCCUGCAAGCAGCUGUGGUGCAGCCACCCUGAUAACCCUUACUUUUGCAAGACCAAGAAGGGGCCUCCCCUGGACGGGACCAUGUGUGCACCUGGCAAGCACUGCUUUAAAGGACACUGCAUCUGGCUGACGCCUGACAUCCUCAAACGGGACGGCAACUGGGGUGCCUGGAGUCCAUUUGGCUCCUGCUCACGCACCUGCGGCACAGGUGUGAAGUUCAGGACCCGCCAAUGCGACAACCCACACCCGGCCAACGGGGGCCGCACCUGCUCCGGCCUCGGCUACGACUUCCAGCUCUGCAACCCGCAGGACUGCCCAGAUGCCCUGGCCGACUUCCGCGAGGAGCAGUGCCGGCAGUGGGACCUGUACUUCCCGCAUGGCGACGCCCAGCACCACUGGCUGCCACACGAGCACCGGGAUGCCAAGGAGAGAUGCCACCUCUACUGCGAGUCCAAGGAGACCGGGGAGGUGGUGGCCAUGAAGCGCAUGGUGCACGAUGGGACGCGCUGCUCCUACAAGGACGCCUUCAGCCUCUGUGUGCGUGGGGACUGCAGGAAGGUGGGCUGUGAUGGGGUGAUCGGCUCCAGCAAGCAGGAGGACAAGUGUGGCGUGUGCGGCGGGGACAACAGCCACUGCAAAGUCGUCAAGGGCACCUUCACACGCUCGCCCAAGAAGCUUGGUUACAUCAAGAUGUUUGAGAUCCCAGCAGGAGCCAGACACCUGCUUAUCCAGGAGGCAGACGCCACCAGCCACCACCUGGCCAUCAAGAACCUGGAGACAGGCGAGUUCAUUUUAAAUGAAGAGAAUGGCGUGGAUCCCGACCCCAAGUCCUUUAUUGCCAUGGGAGUGGAGUGGGAAUACCGGGAGGAGGACGGCCGGGAGACGCUGCAGACCAUGGGCCCCCUCCAUGGCACCAUUACCAUCCUGGUCAUCCCGCAGGGGGACGCCCGCGUCUCGCUGACCUACAAGUACAUGAUCCACGAGGACUCGCUCAACGUGGACGACAACAACGUCCUGGAAGACGACUCCGUGGGCUACGAGUGGGCCCUGAAGAAGUGGUCCCCGUGCUCCAAGCCCUGCGGCGGAGGGUCCCAGUUUACCAAGUACGGCUGCCGCCGGAGGCUGGACCACAAGAUGGUGCACCGAGACUUCUGCGACACCCUCCUGAAGCCCAAAGCCAUCCGCCGGGCCUGCAACCCCCAGGCGUGCUCCCAGCCUGUGUGGGUGGUGGGCGAGUGGGAGCCGUGCAGUCAGAGCUGCGGGCGGACCGGCACGCAGGCACGCUCCGUGCGCUGCGUUCAGCCUCUGCACAACAACGCCACCCGUGCCGUGCACAGCAAGCACUGCAACGACGCCCGGCCUGAGGGCCGCCGCGCCUGCAACCGUGAGCUCUGCCCCGGCCGGUGGCGGGCUGGGCCCUGGUCCCAGUGCUCCGUCACCUGUGGCAACGGCACCCAGGAGCGGCCGGUGCUCUGCCGAACCGUGGACGACAGCUUCGGGGUCUGCCGGGAGCCGCGGCCUGAGACGGCAAGGAUCUGCAGGCUUGGCCCCUGUCCCCGGAAUGUCUCCGACCCCUCCAAGAAGAGCUAUGUGGUUCAGUGGCUGUCCCGACCGGACCCCGACUCACCUAUCCAGAAGACCUCGUCAAAGGGCCGCUGCCAAGGCGACAAGUCAAUGUUCUGUAGGAUGGAAGUCUUGUCUCGCUAUUGCUCCAUCCCAGGCUACAACAAGCUGUGCUGCAAGUCCUGCAACCUACACGACAACCUCACCAACGUGGACAACAGGGCAGAAGCCCCGCCCGGGAAGCACAAUGACAUUGAAGAGCUCAUGCCCACCCUCCCAGUACCCACGCUAGUCAUGGAGGUGCAGCCUCCCCCAGCCACGCCCCUGGAGGUGCCUCUCAAUGCCUCCAGCACCAAUGCCACCGAGGAUCACCCCGAAACCAAUGCCGUCGAUGUGCCCUACCAAAUCCACGGCCUGGAGGAUGAAGUUCUGCCACCCAAUCUAAUCCCCCGACGCCCAAGCCCGUAUGAAAAGACCAGAAACCGAAGAAUCCAAGAGCUCAUUGAUGAGAUGAGGAAGAAGGAGGUGCUUGGAAAGUUCUAAUAAAAUGGAAAGAUAGCGUCAA